UUUAAACUAAUUGAGGUUUUGUCAAUAGAAUGAAACUAUCUUGGAGAGGGGCCUACGACUGGGGAACACAGCUAUGGAUAGUGACAGUCCUCAGACGUCCCCUGUCAAAUCCUGUCCGUCAUCGCCCUACAGAUCUCCUGUUUCUUCGCCGGCUCAAAGUGUCCAGUCAAGCCCUUUUAUUGAAAUUCCUUCGUCACCAAUCUUGGGUGAUUCUGUAACAUCACCACUUGCUGAGAAACGUAGAAAAUUAAACUCUCAGGAGCCUGAAUCUACAAUUGACCAGAAUGAGCAUCAUCGUCGUGAGCUGUUUAAUGAUGAAGAAGAUGGCACAAGUGAUAAUAUUGACAAUGGCCGUAGUGAAAAUUUGGGCAGUGGUGAACAGUCUUGUAUCGACCCAGAGGAUGUGCCAACACCCAAAAUCAAUGUAAAUGUCUUUGAUCAAAUAGAUUUGCCAACAUCCGAUCAUGAAAAGAAUGACAGCAGCGAUAUUGAAGUGCCAACAACAUACAUAUUAGAUGACACUGAUUCUAGCUCUGAAGCUGGGGACAGCACAAGCAGCAGCAGUAGUGAGCAGGGCAGUGAAAGCAGUAUUGAAGAUGACACGCACAACAGAAUCAGCAGUCCGAGUGAAAGUGAAAGUUCCAGUGAAUCAAGUGAUCAAGAUGAUAGUGAUGAUUCUGAUCGUUUCUUGUCGCCAAAGGUGUAUGAAAGUGAACUUUGUGACUUAACAGUGGAUGAAGGUGUCCUUCAUUUGAUGGAUUUGUUUACUAAGUAUAAAAUGUCCAAAAAGGAAACUGGAGGUAUUUUGAAAGUGAUUUUGAAGUUUAUUCCAAAGUUUAACAAUAUGCCAGCCACAGAGUAUGCGUUAUUUAAGUAUGUAGAGAAUUUAUGCCCCAUUACAGAAGAGAGGGUCCACUAUUAUUGUUCAAAGUGUUUGUUUUAUUUAGGUCUUAAUGAGAUGAAAUGUAAUCUUUGUUCAGCAGACAGUCAUAAAUUUUAUCAGAUAUCCUUAGCUGACCAAGUGAGAAAUAUGUUUGAACAGCAUGGAUUAGCUGAUAUUAUAGACAAAUAUAGGCAAGAGAGAAUUAAUUCUGCAACUGAAGGAAGCUACUCUGAUUUAUUAGAUGGUUCUGAAUUUAAGAGAGUUCAAAGAGAGGGCAUGUACAAUUUAACCUUAAUGGGGCACUCUGAUGGCAUAUCUAUCAGUGAAAGUUCAGAUGUGUCGAUGUGGCCUGUAGAGUGGGUAGCUGGUGAAUUGCCACCUCAAAUCCGCUACAAAUAUGUUUUAAUUAGUGGGAUCUGGGUUGAUGAAUGCAAACCGUACAUGAAUACCUUGCUGAAACCUUUUGUUAAAGAGCUUCAAGAACUGCAUGAAAAUGGUGUGAGGUGGGUACACCCCAGAACAAAGGAAACCCAUGUAACUUAUAUUUCUGUUCCUUCAUUUUGUGGAGAUGCCCCAGUGAGGGCUCAGCUUCAAAAUAUUCUAAUGCAUGGAGGGAGAUAUUCUUGCAACAACUGUGAACAGAAAAUGAAGAAACUACCAUCUCAGCCCGUUGUCCCUGGUAAGCGCAAAAAAAAAAGAAAGAGAGUGUUUAUGUUUCAAGAAGACGAGGCAACUCUUAGAACUGCAAGUCGAAUGGAGGAGCAAGGCAUAAUAACUAGGCAAAAAUAUGAGGAACAUGGUGUUUGCAGUAAGAAGGUACGACCUGAAAAAGGUGUAAAAGGACCAAGUGUAAUUUCUGAAAUUCCUGGAUGUGAUCGUAGCACUGCAGUCUUUCCUGAGUACAUGCACCUUCUACUGUGCGUGAUAAAGGAAAUGAUGACAUUAUGGUUUGUGAAGGAUGGGCCCUGGAGUUUAAAAGAGCACCAAGAUGAAAUAAACAAGUUUUUGAAAAAUCUGAGGGUCCCAGAUUUUAUAACAAGAAUUCCACGCAGUACUGCUAAGUUCUCUCAGUGGAAGGCAAACGAACUCCGUUCUUUUGUGCUGUACUAUUCUGUCAUUAUAUUUGAAAAAUUCAUGAAACCUAAUUACUUUCAGCAUUGGUUACUCUUUGUCCAUGGCAUAUAUUUGCUACUUCAGGAGAGUGUAUCUGAAAAGGAUAGACAAAGGGCACAUAUUUUGCUUAGAAUGUUUUGCAGGCAAUUUGCUAAUCUGUACGGUGCCUCAUAUUGUACUUUCUACAUUCAUAAUAUUACCCAUUUGGCCUUGACAGUAAAAAGACAUGGCCCCCUCCAUUGUAAUUCAGCAUUUAUGUUAGAAGAUUUUAAUGGUACCCUGGCUAAGUAUGUACAUGGAACCAAGCAUCAAGGUCGAGAACUUGUAACAAAUGUUAAGCUGGCUAUGGGUGUUGAGGUGUUAAGAGUGCGAUGUUAUGGAAACCAAGGUGGCAUACUAGAAAAGAAAAUAGAAUUCAAGAAUGAAAUAAGAGGAUUUUCUUUCAGCGAAGAUGAGGCAAAACUAUUCUUUUCAAGUGACAUGAAUGCUAAGAAGAAAUCAAAAGUGUAUCAGAGAGCUGUGAUUGGAAGGGCCAAAUUCACAUGUUCUCUGUAUUUGAGGCAGAAGAAAAGGUGUAAUUAUAGUAUCAUGUAUGUAGAUUCUUGUGGGAAUAAUGUUUUUGGUGAUAUCAGAUAUUACUGUGAAUCGGGUCUUAGCAAGAGAGCGUUGGUUGAUAAGUUCCGUGUAGAUCAUACUAAGUCCUUUUGUCAUACUGAGUCAGGCAUAGUUAUCAAACAUAUUGUACCCAUAAUUCGUACAAGAGAUAUGGAAGUUAUUGAUCUUAAUAAUAUUGUUUGCAAGGUUGUAAGUAUUGGUAAUUUUGUUUGUAUGAGACCCAACAAACAUGAAUACAAUCUGUGAUAUAUUUCAGGGUUUUACAAAAAAUUAAAAAAGCUGGUAUUACAUAAGCUUAACUUUGGUACAGAAUCCUGGUGUGGCUGUGACAUAUCCAACAAUACAAAAUGUAAAUUGCUCUGAAAUAAAAUUUUAAAAAUACUUCACAUGUUAUUAAUUGGCAAAAUAUCUUUCACAAACUUUGACUACAAAACAACUUUGACACAUUGACACAUAUUGACAAUUAACACAUAUUGACAAUUGACACAUAAUAAACUGAUGCAUAAACUUUCUUGUUUAUGACAUAAAUAUUUAAAGUCAC